AUGGAGCUGUUGCCUCCGAUGGCCGCCUUAAAAGCUUCGAAGAAAAGAAAGGCGGUGACGCGUGACGUGGAGGAGGAAGCAGGAGUCUUCUCUGGUGAUGAGCUGAGUUCCAAGGACUUGGACGGCGCCCUUUCGGACAAUGCGCACGACCUUUUGAGUGACGAGGACGCUAGUGAUUCUGAGAUCGAGCUUAUCGAUGAUUACUCCAGUAGUGAAGAAGAGGACGACGAGGAGCUUGAUAGUGACGAGAUUCCGUCAGAGGGAGAAGACGAAGGUGUGGUAAAGAAAAAGUCAACUGCGGUGCUUGACCUAGAUGGGCUUGAAGAUAGAGAAGAAUCGACUAAGGAGGAGGAGGAGGAGGAGCAAUUGAACUAUCGCAUUGAGAAGGAUGCGAAUGGAAAUGACCGCUACGUCUACGAUGAGAUUAACCCAGACGACAAUUCCGACUACUCGGAUGUGGACGAAAAUUCAAACACAAUUGGCAACAUUCCGUUGUCGUUCUACGAUCAAUACCCCCAUAUUGGCUAUGACAUUAAUGGCAAGAAGAUCCUUCGCCCUGCUAAGGGAGAGGCCCUUGAUGCGUUGCUCGACAGUAUCGAAAUUCCCAAAGGUUGGACCGGUCUCACUGAUCCCUCAACCGGAAAACCGUUGGAACUGAGCCAAGACGAGCUGGAAUUGCUGCGCAAAGUGCAGAUGAACGAAAUUCCAGAUGAAGAAUACAACCCAUACGAACCUCUGACAGAAUGGUUUACGACUGAGAAAGAAAUUAUGCCUCUUAGUGCUGCUCCUGAACCGAAGCGUCGAUUUGUACCGUCAAAGCAUGAAGCCAAACGCGUCAUGAAAAUUGUGAAGGCAAUCAGAGAGGGCCGCAUCUUACCAUUCAAGCCCCAAACACAAGAAGAUGAAGAAGACAAGGACGUCAUAAAGUACGACCUCUGGGCUGAUGAGGCUGAGCGACCUGAUCAUCCUAUGCAUGUCCCGGCUCCCAAGCUUCCCCCACCAGGGUAUGAGGAGAGCUACCACCCACCGCCCGAAUAUUUACCCGACAAGAAGGAACGAAAAGCAUGGGAGGAUGCAGACCCCGAAGACAGAGAGCGGGAGUUCCUUCCUCAGGACUUUGGUUCCCUUCGCAGGGUGCCUGGCUACGAGAACUUUGUCAAAGAAAAGUUUGAAAGAUGUUUGGAUCUUUACUUGGCACCUCGAGUUCGGAGGAGCAAGUUGAAUAUUGAUCCCGAGAGUCUGCUCCCCAAACUUCCUAGCCCAGAGGAGUUGAAGCCAUUCCCGACCGCAUGCGCAGCCGUCUUCAGAGGGCACAAAGGCCGUGUGCGCAGCCUGGCUGUUGACCCUACUGGUAUUUGGCUUGCUACUGGUGGAGAUGACGGUACUGUCAGGGUUUGGGAGCUAAUUACUGGCCGUCAGUUAUGGAGUGUCAAACUGGGUGAAGAUGAGCCGGUGAACGUCGUCCGCUGGCGUCCGGGCAAGGAUGCUGUUAUCCUUGCUGCUGCUGCAGGCGACGACAUAUUCCUCGCAGUGCCGCCUAUUGCUGAUCCCGAGACAGAGAAAGCCAGUCUUGACCUACUGGACGCUGGCUGGGGUUAUGCUGCCUCGAAGCCCGCCCCAAAGCCCGCAGACGAGGAGAAGAAGAGCACACCUCCUCAGUGGAUACGGCCUUCAGCAGCCCUGGCAGACUCCGGUGUAUGUGUGGUUAUUCCUCUUCGUUACAUCGCCAAAACAAUUUCAUGGCACCGCCGCGGAGAUUAUUUCGUCACAGUCUGUUCCGGCGCCUCGACGCCCGCCUCGGUUGCUAUCGCGAUCCACACCGUCUCCAAGCAUCUUACCCAGUAUCCCUUCCGUCGACGUAUUAAGGGUGGUGGCCCCCCACAAACAGCCCAUUUCCACCCGUCUAAGCCAAUCCUCUUCGUCGCCAACCAGCGUACAAUCCGUGCCUAUGAUCUUUCCCGCCAACUCCUCGUCAAGAUCGUCCAGCCCGGUGCCCGCUGGAUCUCCUCAUUCGACAUUCACCCGACAUCCGCUACCGCCGCGGGAGGUGACAACCUCAUUGUCGGUUCUUACGACCGCCGCCUCCUCUGGCACGAUCUCGAGCUCUCUCAACGUCCCUAUAAAACCCUCCGCUACCACCGCAAGGCCAUCCGUGCCGUCAAAUUUCACCCCGGUGGCCGCUAUCCUCUCUUUGCUGAUGCUAGUGAUGACGGUUCUCUCCAAAUAUUUCACGGCAAUGUCACUGGUGAUAUGCUUAGCAAUGCUACCAUUGUUCCGCUGAAAGUGCUGAGAGGUCACAAGAUCACGGGUGAAUUAGGUGUUCUGGAUAUCGAUUGGCACCCACGGGAAGCAUGGUGUGUCAGCGCAGGUGCGGAUGGAACGUGUCGGCUGUGGAUGUAAUUAGUCGAUCUGCUGCAUGCUUACUAUCAGGGCUUCCGUAUGCCUUGCUGCAGAGAGGCGUUCAGGUGUAUAUAAUAAUUUUUCUUGAUAUCCAGU